ACCGUAAAACCAGCAAAUUUACUUCCCGCCAUUUUCGAGUGUGCUCAAAUGGCAAACCUCCUCUCUCAGUCUCUCUCUCUCCCCAAAACCCACCAAUCGGCCAGAGAGAUCCCAUCUCAGAAGAAAUGGAUCUCUCCGACAUAGCAAGGAAGCUCGACCUCGACGACUCCAAGCACGUCAUCCGACGAGCCGCCGAGCUCCGCCGUCUCUGCGACAUCCAGUUCGACUCCUCCAUAAUCGGCGUCGGUGAGGUUUGCAAAGCUGUGAUUUAUAAGAAAAGAAGAUCUUUUAUUAUAUCUUUCUUAAUGAGAAAGGAAUACAACUCAGUUUAUAUACAUUUGUCUAAUUAGGCUAAGUUACAAGACUGUUAUAACCAAAAAAUACAACUGUAAAAGCUAUUAACCAUGUGGUAUCCCUUUAUGAUUUGCUUAGAAAUCACCGCCACAAGAUCCGGGCUCCUAUUGGAUAGGAAAAAGGUGACAACGUUGAGUGGGAUGUCUGAAAAGGCUUACACCAGAUGCUACAAUUCGAUGCAGAACGGUCUAGGGGUCAAGAACAAGCUGGAUGUUAGAGAACUGGCAAUUCAGUUUGGGUGUGUUCGGAUCAUUCCCUUUGUACAGAAGGCCUUGUCUCUUUACAAGACUCGGUUUCUUGCAUCGUUGCCAGCUUCUCGGCGGGCAAGUGCUGAUUUCACUCGUCCCAUGUUCAUUGCUGUGGCAUUCUAUGUGUGUGCAAAACACAAGCUAAAGGUAGACAAGCUUAAGUUGAUUGAGCUUUGCGGUGCAUCUGAAACUGAAUUCUCUUCCGUUUCGACUUCCAUGAAAGACUUGUGCUUUGAUGUUUGUGGAAUUGAAAAGGAAAAGAAAGAUCCCAAGGAUGUGAAGGGGAACCGAGAGCUUCUGGAUGUUUUGCCGGAGAAAAGGAAACUUGAGGAUGGCGGCUAUUCCUCCGAUGAAGUAACUGAGUCUUCAAGUUACAAGCGGCACAAAAAGAUCAAAAAGCGUGCCUACGAGGGUUGGAAAACCUCAGUCCUCACAUCUAAUAAAGAAACCAAGGCAAAAGUUCUUUGCAAGGGGACCAGACAAACUAGCCUAAACCUUCUGAAGGAUGUACAUGUACACGUAUUUCGCCAUAUGCAUUUGCUACAAAAUAUGGAUACGGGAGAUGCCGAUUGCUAGCAGCUGGAACAAUCGCUUCUUGGGCUCUUCUAACUAACCGACAUUCAAUAUCAUGUAAGGAAUUAUAAUGGUUUCGAUUCUUCUGUACUUUUCCUUUUAAGUUUAGUGUUGUAGUACUAAGUUUUCUGGAUGUCACAUUGAGUCAUGUGACCAUCGUAUUCUCUCUCACAGCUCACAACGACGUAAUCGCGCAGAGCUUCGUUGAUUUUUGUCAACUCCGACCACGAACAGCGUCGGGUAAGCUGUCGACCACCCCCUCUCCAUCUUCUUUUUCUUCUUCCGCUUCUCCCUGUGCAUUCUAGUUUGACUGUCUGUGAUCGAAAAGAACAUCUGCGGCUCCACACGAAAGAUUCAGUUUUUGCCUGAUCAUUGUCAAACGCUGUAGCAACUGGAGGCCCAAAUUUACAACAGCCACUCAACAACUAAGAAUCUCCAAAACACCAACAAAGGAAGAGCCCAACCCAUGAGUUGAGCCCAAAACAAAAGCGCCUAGCCUAACACAGAGUCUACUACCAAAAGUUCAGCGUGUGCGGUCAUACGUACCGUCUGCAAAAGUUCAGCGUGUGCGGUCAUACUACCAAGCUGAACUUUUACACUAAAAGCCUAAAUUCCCCAAUCCACAUCAUGAUACACUGAAAACCUAAAUUCCCCAAUCCACAUCAUGAUUCAUCAACUCUUAUAAACACACUAUGUCUCCUCCUCCAGUUGCCGUACUCAGCUCAAUCUCAAUCCCUGAUUUCUUUCUCUCCUCCUCCCAAAUCUCCCAAAUCUGCUAUGGCGGACGUGGAAAAUCAAUACCCUCUUCGAAAUGCGCCUCCGUACCCACAACAUCUAACUGAGGCUUUGGCCAUCCUGUUGGCCUUAGCUUCCAUUCUGACCCCCGUCGGGAUGAAUCCAAGCCAGUUUGCCAAACCUCCAUACUACAUUCUCUCUGUCGUGGUUAUGGCAGCUCUCUCUCUUGUUUGGUUUGGACUCUUUGUCCUCUCCGCCCGACUUCCAUACCGAUUCGUUAUCUGGGGAGGGCUUGGCUUAGUGUGGCUGUCUGCUGGAUCAUUCUGCAUGGCAUACUUGCACCCCAAUUUUUCAUGCCCAUGGUUUGUUCCUUCAAUAUUGUUUUGGGGGUCAUAUUGUUGUUGAACCUACGAUUUCGAAAUGUUUGGGAGCGUGGGAUCCAAGUCAUAGCUGAAAACUGCAGAUUUUGGAACUAUAUAACUGGAAACUAUUAAUGUUCAGAUCAGUAGAAAGAUGGAGAGAAAGCGGUUGACCAUACUUUUGUUUGGUCAAUGAAUAAAAUCACUCGGAAGAAGGGAAUUUCUCUGCUCCGUACACUUUGUUUUUAAUAUUUUUGUAAUGUUUGCUGAAUAUUUGUGUUACCGUAGAUUAUUCCGUUUUUGUUAAAUAUAGAAUAUAGAAUAUAAAAUCAUCACGU